GCUACGUCAUUGUGUUGAUGACGACGUAUUAAUUUGAUGAAGCAACACGACCAAAAACAUCAUGUCAUGCCACCGCCCGUACUACACCGGAAUACUAUACAAGCAUGGGCCGACCCAGCAAUAUCAUCUGAGACCUAAGCCAUCGACAUGGAAAACAGCUGCUACAAGGCUGCACUAUUGCGCGUAUUUUGUCAGUUGUUGAGAACAACGCCAAAAAUGCGGCGGAUACAUGCUGACUCGUCAGCGAGAUAUUCGCCGUCUCUCCGUUUCAUGAUCUCGCUUCUAUUUCUUUGGUCCUGCGGUAAUAUCCAGCGAGUCACUUUCGCCAUCGCCGAGUUACCGUUACCGAAGGCGCCUGCUCCGGCCUUGACCAGCAAGAACGUUUAUUGGUUGUACCAGCACGGUAUCUAUCAUGAAAAGCAGAACUUUUACGCAGCUCCCCCCUCUGCGCCCCUCCGGGAGGCGAUGGAGAAUCCCGAAAUCGCACGACCACAGUGUGCACACGAGGUGUGGAAAAAGCUUCCCCGACUUCUUAGCAAAGGCUACCACCGGCUGAGCCAGCAGCUAGAACAGGAACGUGAUGAACAAGUUGUUGGGCGAGAAGGACGAACUGCUUCAUCAUCCGGAGCCGGAAAUGUUGAAGAGCGAAAAAACAGCUGGGCAAAGGACGACAUGGCACAACAAGAUGAAGCACACAGGGAUUCGCAAGCUAAUUUGGCUGCUUCUCUGCGGUCAAGAAAUGCGGCCGAAAUUGCAAGCGGUGUCUUGGGUGGGAGCGCCGCUGACGAGCCUUACUACAUCACUCGCGAAGAUCCAGAAGCCAGCCGUGUACAACCUGCAGUGGAUAUCCCUGGUCUCUUUUCAGAAACUUCAAGGCUGCCUCUGUUUCUGUUGCGUUCGUGGUAUUUUCGAUUUCGGAAAACGUGUUGGGCUGGCUUUCUCGCGUUCAUCUUUUUCCUGAUCGAACUGCACCACAGACUUUUUGUCCCGGUAGAUGACCUAUCAAAUGUAAAAAUGUCUGGGUCUGGAAGCUUGUGAUGCUAAAAUGUGCAUGAUGAAAACACUUCCGAAUGCAGUCCGGCAUGACAACUUCCCAAAACGCUUUGUCAUAGGCAAUCCGCAUGAGAGACUGCGUUUUUGCAUGACAAAAGAGGCUGCGACUUUUGUUGGUUAUGCAAUACAGAUUUUCUAGGUAUGGAAAGCUAGCAUUACAAGUUCUAAUCUUCCAGACCCAGACAUUUUUACUUACAAUCCAUAUGACCAGGACGACAUUCAGAAGCUCAUCGCAAAAUCUCUGGGACUACCAGGCCAACAUGCAAGCGACGUUACCCAUGCAAUCCGGCGAACCAAUGGCGCUGCUAUAAUUCCUUCCGUCUUUCGGUUAGUUGCGUCCUCUGUGACCCGCCUCCAAUCGCCACUAGGCUGGAUUCAGGCGGAAAUUGCGGACUACCCACUGCAACUCCACUUUUUCAAAUUUCCUUUCGGGAAGAUCGGCCUUCUGCUCGCAAAAGAACUCAUAAAGUGGGGCAAGUUUCGCCCGGGGCGGAUCCGCGACGAGCAGGAGGAGCAGCAAGUGCGCUGGAACCUUACGACUUUCGCCUACGACCAGAUUCACGCGCUAGAGUUCAAACCCCAACCGCGGUACACCGUUUCGUCAUUGUCAUCCGCGAGCGCAGACCCAGUCCCAGACACGGAGGAAAACAGACACAACAAGAGCCGUAUGUUGCAGGAAGACCCCAAAAUCGCAGUGCUGGAUCCGGCCCACAGCGACAACGCCUUUUCGAUGCUGCAGUUUUUGUUUCCCGAUGAACAGAGAGCACAGGAGAAGCGACGAAGAAGUAGUCUCAAGACACUGGAUUCUGCCAAAAAGCGCGCUAGUACAACGACACCGCCGUUGAUCGUGGAUGUUGGCGUUUUCGACGGUGGCGACUGGGCUGCGGCGGCGAUUGAGGCCGGUUUUCAGACUAUUGGCUUUGAGCCGGUGGCCGAAAAUCGUAGACAGUUCGUUGAAAAAACCUUGAGGGUGUAUGGAACCUGUAACGUCAAAAUGCACGACGGUCACGAAGAUUCAGAUCUAGGUUAUCUUACAGAGGAGAUAACGUCGGCCCAGGAUGUCCAGGCGAAGGAAGCUCAAAGCGCCGCGAGCAGCGCCUCAGUUUUUCCGUUGCAGCGCGACGACCGAGCAAAUUACAUUUUAAAUGACGUAUUUCGUAUGGAAUUCAUGCCUGCUGCUGUUGAGUUUCCCGCUGGGUAUCUUGAACCUCAAUCCGCGAAGCCAGCGCCAGAGCAUGCGGUUGAACAAGGGCAACGGCAAGAAGACUCUGGCAAUCGCAAUCAAGCGAAGACAUAUUUUUAUGGGUACCGCUGGAACAAGUGCCCGCGUCGAAAUUUCUGCGAAGACUUGCGGCGGAAAUUCGUCAACGAAUUUGUUGGAAACGAGGACCUGUGUGAUGUUGGAAAGAAACGCAACAUGCACAAACACCGCUACCACCUUUUUGCGUUUGCUAUUGGGGAUGAGAAAACAACUGUUCGCAUCGAGCGCCGAGGCGACUACACUUCCCUACACGAGCAAGACUUCCUUGGGAGCCGCGCAGAGGGUGCAAGUUUCGAAGACGUGCAAGUCGAGACCCUCGAUGCAUUUUUUACGUUUUCUGAUGUAGCAGCUUCUGCUUCUCACCACGAGGUAUUUGUUUCCAACCACUCUGUCAACGAGGCGGGUCGUCGUGGAGCAUUUUCAUCUUCUCAAGCGGAAUAUCAGAAUCAGAUCGAAAGCGAUAUUGAUGAGCUGCGCCCUCGACUACAAGACGUAGACGAGAUCUCUUUGCUGAAAAUCGACGUCGAGGGAUAUGAGCUUUCUGUACUGCGGGGGGCCGAAACCUUAUUACGUAAAAGAAGGAUCAAGCACAUCUGGCUCGAGUUUCAGCCGACCUCCCUGUUGGCUGCCGGAACGGACCCAGUGUCCCUGCUGUGGUUCUUGCAUGGAUUCGGAUUUCGAUGUGCCUCCCGCCACCUUGGGCAAUUGCUGGCGCAGCUGGAAGAAGUCAAAUACGUCAAGGGCAGCACAGAGACGAACACUCUCUUUCCGUUGAGCCGCGCGUCCGCAUCGUUUACGAAGUAUCUGGCGUUUUGGUACGACACAAGCGUAAAUGUCACAUUUGAAGGACCCGAACACAGUUUCGCGGACGAUCUACUUUGUACGCUGGAAAAUGAAGAAGUAUAAAGCUGUUUGACUUUACUUCAUAUUGAUUGGCUCAGGUAGUUCUGCCACCGUUUCUUAGGUGGAGUGGGACAAGUAAAAAGAUCAAGAUUUUUGGUUUCCAAGAAAGCCGCCAAGACAAGGCGGCAUACUUAUUUAUUACAUCGAUCUUCAAAUGAAAUGCAGCAGCACCAGCAGGACAAACACGACAGCGGUUGCAACCUGCGCAAAAAUCCCUUCGUGGUCGAACAUUUGAAUUUGUAGCCCUCUUUGUGGUGUAUGUGUAAGACUAAGAGUUUCGAUAAAAAGAUGACACAAUAUCUUGUCGUAGCUCCGAAAAUAUGAUUAACAUAGAUACAUAUCGGAGACGAGCCUACUUUUCGUUUCUCGACAU